GUCCCUCCAUGUGACAUCCACGGCCCCGGAAUUCUGCCAAGCCGGGGGCGGGUUGGGCAAACGAGCCUAGGGAGCCCCCGCCCUUCCCUGCUGCUCAGCGUCACGCGUGACGUCCCGGUGAUGGCUGGGAGGAAAGCAAGAGAGCUGUGAGGAAGGCGGGUCUGAGAGCUGCUAGAGGCUGAAAACCCCGGAAAGCAAGAUGGGUGACUUGCCCUUAGAUAUCAACAUCCAGGAACCUCGAUGGGACCAAAGCACAUUCCUGGGCAGAGCCCGGCACUUCUUCACAGUUACUGACCCUCGAAAUCUGCUGCUGUCCGGGGACCAGCUGGAAGCUUCCCGCAACAUUGUGCAGAAUUACAGGGCUGGUGUGGCAAUCCCGGGGCUCACUGAGGACCAGCUAUGGAGAGCCAAGUAUGUGUACGACUCUGCAUUCCAUCCGGACACAGGGGAGAAGGUGGUCUUGAUUGGCCGCAUGUCUGCCCAGGUGCCCAUGAACAUGACCAUUACUGGGUGCAUGCUCACCUUCUACAGGAAGACUCCGACUGUGGUGUUCUGGCAGUGGGUGAACCAGUCCUUCAACGCUAUUGUGAAUUAUUCUAAUCGCAGUGGGGAUGCUCCCAUCACCGUGCGGCAGUUGGGAACAGCCUACGUGAGUGCCACCACUGGGGCUGUGGCCACCGCUCUGGGACUCAAAUCUCUCACCAAGCACCUGCCCCCACUAGUCGGCCGAUUUGUACCUUUUGCAGCUGUGGCCGCUGCCAACUGCAUCAACAUCCCCCUGAUGAGGCAGAGGGAGCUGCAGGUGGGCAUCCCAGUGACUGAUGAGGCAGGUCAGAGGCUUGGCCACUCGGUGACUGCUGCCCAACAGGGAAUCUUCCAGGUGGUGAUAUCAAGAAUCGGCAUGGCGAUUCCUGCCAUGGCCAUUCCCCCAGUGAUCAUGAACACUCUGGAGAAGAAAGCCUUCCUGAAGCGCCGGCCCUGGUUGGGGGCGCCCCUGCAGGUGGGACUGGUAGGCUUCUGCCUGGUAUUUGCCACACCCCUGUGCUGUGCCCUGUUCCCCCAGAGAAGCUCCAUACAUGUGACCAGGCUGGAGCCGGAGCUGCGAGCUCAGAUCCAAGCACAGAACCCCAGCAUCGAUGUGGUUUACUACAACAAGGGGCUCUGAGGGGAGUCAGCCUCCGCCCCUUUCCUUACCUCCUAAGGCUGCUUCCUGGGUGCCACCUUACAAUGCUACCACUUGUUUAUCUUCUGGGUCAGGGGACUUGAGGUGGGGAGCAGCCACUGAGACCAGCAACCCCUCAGCCUGGGGGAGGCACCCCUGUAAUAAGCCUCUUCUCUCCUCUCUGGUUUCAAAGAGCGGGUCACAAAACCCGUCCCUCCUGUGCUUAUGUGCGCAGACAUACAUAUGCAACACAUGUAAGUGUUUAUACAUCUGGUCCUGGAAGCUAAGAGCAGAUAGGCUCUUCUAGGAUGUCUUAAUAUGUGGCUUUCCCCCUCGUCUCCUGCCCAUCUAGCAGCAAGCCAGGUUAUAGGGGACACUUCCUUCCCUAAACUGUUCCUCUGCCCAAGACAUUUCUGAUAGCACCUUACCCUUCUGGAUACAGGAGAAGCCCCAGGACCCCACAACACGGACUGAGGGCCACCAGCAAGGCAAACAUAGCUUACUCCUUCAGGUUUCAAGGAGCUGACUCCAAAACCUGGCUUAGGAUCUGGGCUGGCAGAGAAAGCAGGGUUGGGAUUAGGGAGUCGGGGGGCUCGUGCCUGCUGUGCCCAUGUCCUAGAAGGUUUCCAUUCUUCUCUUCUAGCGACACGAAGGGAUGUCAGCAGCCUGUAUUGCCCUCUGCACUGCAAUGUGAGUGCUUUUAGGGAUGGUUUUAGGCAUUCUUGGUCUAUUCUGAUGUCAUGACUCGGAUAGAAAUCCAGCAAUUCCGAUUCUCUUCCUGGUCAGAGAGCCACACAGGCAGAGCAAGCGUUCCCCUUCACACACUGCCACCACCUGUACCCACUUACAGGGGACUGGUGUGGGAACGGUGCUUAACAGAGGCCUCAAGCGUACAAUCUCAAGACAGGUAAUUCUGUGUUUCAUUGACCCUUCUUAGACAGUCACCACGCCCCCACCUCAGCUCCUUCCUUUCCACAGAUCCCAUCUCUGGAAGAACGAGGGCUUCACAUGAUGCUAGGCAAGCGCUCUACCACUGAGCUACAUCCCCAGCCCCCCUUU